GAUUUGUACCUAUUUUGUAACCAAAACUUAAGUAAAAUCGAUUCAAAAAUAAGGAGCAUCAACCGUGAUCAUUCAAAAUCAAACAAAAAAUAAACAUAUUUACUGAUAAAAAGAAAACCAAAUAAAUAAAAACAUAAAACGAAAACCAAGUUCUCAUGAAAUAAGAAACAUUGUUUAACGAAAACAAAAUCAAAAUCUAAAUACUUCAAGAUUCAACGGCCAUCUUUAACCAUUAACCUUCAUGUACUAAAACCACCAACCUUCAUGUAAUAGAUAAGUAUUUUAGAUGUUUAAUAUUUCUUAGUGUAUUUUGGAUAUAUAUUAGGAAUAAAAAUCAUGUUUGGUACAAGAUCUUUUAGAGGUUUUGAAUGUUUCGGGUUCUAUCGGAUAUCCAUAUAGAUUCGGGUUCGGUUCGGAUAAUACUCAUAACCCGAAAUACCACAAAACAAGACCCAUUCGGUAUUUACGUCGGGUUCGGAUCGGUUCGGAUUCAUUUUUAUCGGAUCGGAUUCGGUUCGGGUUUUCGGGUUCAGUUUAUUUGCCCAGCCCUAGAUUUUAUAUGUAAAUUAUGCAAGAUAAAUUUCGAAAGCAUAACACACAGAUUUUAAAUAUACAUGUGAUUUAAAAUUAUUUAGAUCAUCGAAACAAUAACAUGUCCAUUGUAUCUUCUUCUUCUCCAAAGAAAAAGAAAACAGUGAAGAAGAAAUGAAGCUCAUUAAUCCAGUUAUGGCGAUCCUUUUCCUAACGAUGAUAGCCCUUUCAACGGCGAUGGAUAUGUCGAUCAUUUCCUACGAUGACAGCCACCACACCGUCUCCGCCGGCAGCCGGAGCGAAGCCGAGGUUUCAAGGCUCUACGAGGAGUGGCUAGGGAAACACGGGAAGGUUCAGAGUUCUCUUACAGAGAAAGAUCGACGGUUCGAGAUCUUUAAAGACAAUCUCCGUUUCAUUGACGACCACAACGCGAAGAAUCUUAGUUACAGAUUGGGUCUUACGAAGUUCGCGGAUCUUACUAACGACGAGUACAGAUCCAUGUAUGUCGGCUCCAGGCUCAAGAGGACAAUCACGAGGACCAGCCUUCGCUACGAGGCUCGUGUAGGUGACACGCUUCCGGAGAGCGUUGACUGGAGGAAGGAAGGUGCCGUGGCUGAGGUUAAAGAUCAGGGAAGCUGCGGGAGUUGUUGGGCGUUUUCAGCCAUCGAAGCUGUGGAGGGCGUGAACAAAAUCAUGAUGGGAGACUUGAUAUCUUUGUAUGAGCAAGAGUUAGUGGACUGUGACACUCCAUAUAACGAAGGCUGUAGCGGUGGCCUCAUGGACUAUGCUUUCAAGUUCAUUAUAAACAACGGUGGAGUCGAUACAGAGGAAGAUUAUCCUUACAAGGUUGUUGACGGACGUUGUGACCAGACUAGAAAAAACGCUAAAGUUGUCACCAUUGACUCAUAUGAGGAUGUGCCUGCUAACAUCAAAGAAUCACUAAAGAAAGCAUUUUCUCACCAACCAAUCAGCGUCGCCAUUGAGGCUGGUGGUCGUGUGUUCCAGCUCUAUGAUUCAGAUAUAUUUGAUGGAAUUUGUGGAACAAAUCUAGACCACGGAGUUUUGGCGGUCGGAUACGGAACAGAGAACGGCAAAGACUAUUGGAUUGUGAAAAACUGAUGGCGGUCAAGCUGGGGAGAGAGCGGAUACAUAAAGAUGGGGCGUAACAUUGCAGCUUCAGGUGGAAAAUGCGGAAUCGCUGUGGAGCCUUCAUAUCCGAUCAAAAAUGGCCAAAACCCACCAAACCCGGGACCUUCACCUCCAUCUCCCAUCAAGCCUCCGAUCCAAUGUGACAAUACUACACAGUCCUCAGAGAUAACUUGUUGUUGUCUCUUUGAGUAUGGAAAGCAUUGCAUUGCUUGGGGAUGUUGCCCACUAGAAGCAGCCACUUGUUGUGAUGACAACGAUAGUUGCUGCCCUCACGACUACCCCGUUUGUGACCUUGAUCAUGGAACUUGUUUAAUGGUAAGUUUUGCAUCUCCCACUUCUCAAGAAAAUCAACAUAUUAAUGGCAAUGCUUGAAACUAAGUCAUGUGUCAUUUGCAGAGCAAGAACAGUCUGUUUAGUAUCAAGGCUUUAAAGCAUCAACCUUGCACAUUUGCUUCUUCGUAUAGGACCCUGAUUCAUAUGAGCAGAGAGAUCUCUGACGAGAUUUGGCAGAUGCUUUUAAUGUUGUUGUUUAUGCCAUAACUAGAUACAUUAAAAUGCAGCUGCUGGGUUUCGUGUAUAAUAUAAAGAACCAUAAGCUGCAUUUAGGCUCUUCGUUGGUACAAAUAGAUUUUUAUUGUUUAAUUUGAAAAAGGUGUACAAUCUACGGCCAUGUUAUGGAAGUAUCCUUAUCUUCUGUGAAAUGAUGUUCCACAUUUCCUUUUGCUUUUUGAGUUUUUCCCAUCUAUUUAGUUCUAAAAUACUUAGAGUAUGAAUGGUGAUCAGAGAACGAUGAGGAAUAAUGCAUUCUCCAACGUUCCUAAAAAAUAUCAUCAUUCACAAGGAAUAAAUUAAUGCAUUCCCUAAUGUUCUUAAAAAAUAUCACCAUUCAAAAGGAAUAAAUUUUUCUUUUCAUUCCUUACCAUUCCUUUUUUUGUAGAGAAAUAAAGAACAAAAGUAUUCCUUGUUAAAUUUGAGAAGGAACAACUAUUCUUUUUUCUUCCUGCAAUUUUAUUUCUUUACGUUCCUUUUCUAUUCGUUCAUCUUGUUUCCAGAAUGGUCACCAGUCGAACCUUUAGAGUAUGAAUGGUGACCAGGGAACGACGAGGAAUAAUGCAUUCCCCAACGUUUCUAAAAAAUAUCAUCAUUCACAAGGAUUAAAUUAAUGCAUUCCCUAAUGUUCCUAAAAAAUAUCACCAUUCAAAAGGAAUAAAUUUUUCUUUUCAUUCCCUACCAUUCCUUUUUUGUGGAGAAAUAAAAGAACAAAAAUAUUCCUUGUUAAAUUUGAGAAGAAACAACUAUUCUUUUUUAUUCCUUUACGUUUCUUUUCUAUUCGUUCAUCUUGUUUUCAGAAUGGUCACCAGUCGAACCUUUAGAUUGAGACCACAUAUGAGAGAACCUAUAUGCUUGCGCAUCCUUUAUAUCUCUUCUCACAUUUUUUGAGGCAUAUUUAAGAUUUUCUUAACACUGUUAGCAUUGCUUAACGAUGAUGAAUUAGAUGAUUGUGAUGGUGUUGUUUUUUCAAAUUUUGUUUUGGUUAUUUCAUAUUCAAUUUAAUUUCUAUAUUGAGUCAAAUGUUAACAUAUGAGUUCUUUUAUUGGGCUUGUUAAUAUUAAAUUUUGCUUUACAAUUUUUGUUAAAAAAUUUAGUUUGUUAAUAUGAUAUUAUUAUUCUUAUUUUAAAUUGAUAUUUUGUUUUUUUUAUUUAAUUUUCAUGUUAUAUAUUAUUUUAAUUUUUUAAUAUUUUAAAUCUAUUUAGCGAAUAAUCUGCAAAAAUUUAAAAAAAAAAUUCGGAUAUCCAGAAGUCCGCAUCUAAGUGAAUUACAAACAUAGAUAUUCGUUUGGAAUGGAGAGGAUCACAGAUAGUAAUAUUUUUUUGGAUAUCCACUCCAUGCCUAGGUCUAAUUGCAGCAAUGUUUUUAUUUAGUUGAAUAGCAUUCGAGUAAUUAAGAUGCAAAUAUGAUCAUUUCAUCCACCUUACCAAAUAAUUAUUGUAUAUAUUAAAUAAUUGCCACACUGAUUAAUUAAAGAAUAAUAAAUCAAUUUAAUACAAAGUCAAAGUUUUGUGAACUUUGAUACUAAGUCAAAGUUGUCCAAGGAUAAUCAUUAUAAUUGUGGCAUUUAUUUAAACGACGGUAUUUGAUAGGUAUGUGUUGGAGUUGAUUUGUUCGUGCUAAGUCUGCUCUGACUAUAAUAUUCAAGGUUGACUACAAUUUAUGUAAGCACAUACGUCAUCUUGGUCUUAAAACCAAUAUAUUAUUUCAAACACUUUCAGAUUCUAAGUUAGCUCAGUUAAUUUAUCUAGUUCAGGUUAUGUUUCUUUUUUCUUUUAGGUUUAAUUUAUUGUUUUUCUUUGUUCAACCACAAGUUCUCAGAUGAUUGACAAAUUAUUCAUUGACAUCAUGCGCAUGCAAUGACAAGAUUCCUACCCCAGAAAGAAAAAAAUAAACCCUCAAACUAUAUAUUAAUGGCACGAACUGUCCAAAACUGCUUAUAAUACCUUAGAAAUAUAAUGUAUUUAAAGAGAUUCAUUGCAUAUUCUAUUGUACUUUUUUAAUGACGAAGUGCGGAGAGUACAUUCAGGAAAGUUAUGUGUAGCGAAUAGAAGAAACUCAACUCUUUUUUCUAACAACGAUGAAAGUGGUAAAUCUCAUAAAAAGUAAGCACACACGUGGAAGUUAAAAAAAAACGAUGUGGUGUUUUCUGAAUACGCAAAGUUUAGAAAUCAGAUCACGAGAAUUGGUUGAAAACUCUACAUUGAUUCAGAAGAUCAAAAGAGAAAUCGGUUAUAAGUGUCUCGAAUAUGUAUUUAGAGCAUUUUUUAUGGGAGUUAUUAGGGUGAGAUUCUUAAAUAAAUAUAAAAAUUUAUUUUUUAACUUUUAACUAAAACAAAUUAAGAACCGAUUCUUAAAUAUAUCUAAUCGCAUUUGUUCUUUCUUUAAUAUACUUAUUGACUUCAUGAUGGGACUGCCACGAAGUGUCCUUACUAAAUCUUUAGCUUUUGUUGAUUGGAGUACCGAAAUCGAUAAAUUGGUUUCAUAUUUUCCCACGAUUAACUGACUAAACAUUACAUAAUUAUGGUAUACAUUGAUAUACGAUUGGUCAAAAGUUAGUGGCUUAGUGUACAUGCACGUAGGGAUGUAUGAUGUGUCAAUAUAUUUAUAGGGUGCAAUUAUGAUAACCCAAACAGAUAGAUCAUGCAUGAUCUAAAUACACAAAUAACCGUAACUAAGAUCUUUAUGGAGCAUCUUGAUCUUUGAAAAAACGAACUCAUUUCAUGAAACAAAUAAGAAAUUCUUUUUUGUUUUCUUCCGAUCAAUAAUCAUAAUCAGUGAAAUUGUGGUUAUAUGUUGUAUUAAUAAGAAAAAUAUAGAGUUGUAUUACAAGAUUAUAUUGCAGUAUACUCCGUAAUUAUUUUUGACUUAAUGAUGGAUAUUUGUGCUUCGCAUAAGAUACUUAAUCCCUAAGUUAAUUCUAUUGAACUUAUAAGAAAUCGUCAUAGGUGUGCCAAAACAGAAUAAAUCCCUUAGUUACACCUUUUUAAAGGCUUACACUUUGAGUUAAUAACUUAAUUAAUAUUAGGACAU